CCUUCUCAAUUCUGCUACAACUUGUGCUAGAGGGAAGCAAGGGAAUUGCUCUCUGAAAUACGUGUAUGCUUGAUUUUCUUGCCUAGAUUUGGACAAGAUUGGUCUACAGGAUGGCAGAGUAUUGGUUGAUUUCUGCUCCGGGUGAUAAAACCCCACAGCAGACUUACACAAACCUGAAAAGCAGAAUGACUGGACUUACGCCAGUGUUUUCUCUUCAGCUUCCAGAGCUCAAGGUUGGAACUUUGGAUACACUUGUGGGGUUAUCAGAUGAUUUAGGAAAACUGGAUGGUUUUGUUGAAAGUGUGACACGCAAGUUAGCUCACUAUAUGGGUGAUGUACUUGAAGAACAUCAGGACCGAGUAAGGGAAAACCUGCUUGCAAAUGGGCAGGACCUGUCUAACUUUGUAACAAAGUUCCAGUGGGAUACUGCAAAAUACCCCACCAAACAAUCACUGAGGAACUUAACAGAGAUUAUAAGCAAGCAAAUAACACAGAUUGAACAUGACCUGAAGAGCAAAGCAUCUGCUUACAAUGCCAUCCGUGGAACCUUGGCUUCACUGGAAAGAAAAGCUACGGGAAGCUUGUUAACAAGAAAUUUAGGUGACUUGGUGAAGAAGGAAGAUUUUGUUUUGGACUCAGAAUAUCUUACCACACAGUUAGUGGUUGUUCCCAAGGCCCUAACCUCUGAAUGGGAGAGAGUUUAUUGGAAAAUUACAGAUAUGGUUGUUCCAGAAUCCUCAAAGCAGGUUUAUGAAGACAAUGAUCAUGGGCUGUACACUGUCACUCUCUUCAAGAAAGUUGUAGAUGAAUUUAAACUUCAUGCAAGAGACAAAAAAUUUUUAGUUCGAGAAUUUGUGUAUGAUGAACAAGCUCUUGAAGCAGGAAAAAACGAAAUCACAAAACUGGAAUCAGACAAGAAGAAGCAGUUUGGUCCGCUUGUGAGGUGGCUCAGAGUUAACUUCAGUGACUCUUUCAUUGCGUGGAUUCACGUUAAGGCCCUUCGUGUGUUUGUGGAGUCAGUUUUAAGAUAUGGUUUGCCCGUGAACUUCCAGGCUAUGUUACUACAGCCAUCAAAGAAGACAUACAAGAAGAUAAAGGAUAUGUUGGACACAUGUUAUCAACAUCUUGAUAACCAAGGAUUCAGUUCCAGCAUGUAUGACGCCAAUAGUCUUGAGAUCCCAGGUCUCAGCCUUGCACAGCAGGAGUAUUAUCCAUACGUGUUUUAUCAAAUUAAAUUAGAUCUUAUUGAACGGUAAAGAUCGUCAGCCACUAAGAAUUGUUUCAUUUUAUCAAUCUUCAAGAAUAUUGUAAUUUUUGACCGAAUGAAAGCGACAUGGCAAAGGAUCAUCGGGAAUAGUCGGAGAAGUGUCUUUCGAUAAUAUUACUUCCAAAUUUGCCUUUAAAAAUUAUGAAAAAAAAAUUGAGAUGUAAAUACGAUAUUAGUGUAAGUAGGAGGGUCGCUCUCUACAAGCGAGAUUAUUUACGAUUAAAAUGAUUUCCCAUGUGUACAGUAAAGCUCAAAACAGAAUGGCAGAUCAACAACCCAUACCUGAAUAAGCUUUGAGUUUGUUAGUUCUCUUAGUUUUCCUUUCCCCAACUUUUUUUUCCUUUUAGAGAUCUAUAUGAACGUUUCAAUUGUCUUUCACUUACCUUGCAAGAAAGUGGUUGUGUGGGAUGCUUUCCUUUCAAAUUUUGCGCGGACGGAAAUUUGUGCGCGAGCGGCCAAAAUUGAACCCCCGCGCAUGCCCCCACGUUCCCCUACGCUUGAUGGCUGUGUUGUUUUGAAAUUGCUCACUAAUUAUACCCGAACUUUUGAUAAGGACUGAAACAUGGCCAAAGUUCAACGUAACGAAAAGCUCGAGUCAUAUUGAUAAAACACGUUAGUUUAUUCAUCGUUAAAAUUUUUGGUUUUUAAACUCAGAUUUAAGUUAAUUUGAUUGUUUUGACCAAAUAGGUGUUAUAGUCUGUGAAAACAAAUUUAAAUCCUCGAACUGAUCAGCACUUUAAUCUAUCGCCGUGGAAAGCUACCUAUAUUCAUUUGAGUGACGUUACAAUAAAAUGAAAUAAAUUAA